UUAUUAAUGAGAAGUCGAAAGGAUGGGAAGAAUACCGACCAGAAGAAAGAUUUGUAAGCUGUUUUUCAGCUCCUCGUUGCUGGCAGAUUGGUAUGUGCUGCACUCAUCUGUCCUGGUGGAAUUUGUAUUGCAAUUCAUUUCGGUGGAUUUUAGCCAAUACUAUCGGCCAAACCUCACAGAGAGGGGGCGGCAUCAGAUUUUGUGUGCUGACUACCCGUACAUGUACGUAUUUGGAAAAUGCUCUGAGUACAGGAAUGCAAAGAAUUUGAAUACAUGUCAUUUUUUAGAGCUAGUCUGUGUAAAAAUUCUGGCUAGGCAGCAGAUAGUUGUUGCGCGCUAGUAGCAGACUCUUCAUAGCCUCAGCAAUAUGGCUCGCAUGUUGUUUGCAGUUUAAUGGAACUGUUACAAUACUCGUCAAUUGCACCGACCGGAUAAUUUUCAUGAGCAGCUGUCGCUCUGGCUUGAAUUUUGAAGUGCUUCGCUCUGCCGG